AUGUCUACUGAAAAAGAGAUCGAUUCGAAUGUCCAGGUGCGGGAGGAUGACACCGCAAGUCUGGUGGUGAACUGGACGGCGGAGGAGGAAGCAAAAGCGAAGAGAAAACUAGACCUCAUCAUCAUGCCAAUUCUCACCCUCGGCUUCUUCUGUCUUCAACUCGACCGCGGAAACAUGGCCAACGCCAUCACAGACAACUUCAUGGGGGACGUCGGCAUUAACCAGGACCAAUUCAACGUUGGCCAACAAAUGCUCUCCCUCGGCAUCGUCCUCACCGAAAUCCCCUCCAACAUGAUCCUCUACCGCGUCGGCCCAGGCAAAUGGCUCACACUGCAGCUCUUCCUCUUCGGCACCGUCAGCACAUUUCAAGCCUUUCAGCGCGGAUACGGCGCCUUCAUCGCAACACGGUUCCUCUUGGGAAUCACGGAAUCCGGCUUCAUCCCCGGUGGUCUCUGGACGCUGUCCACAUGGUAUACCCGCGAUGAGACUGCCAAGCGAGUCAUGGUAUUCUACUUUGGCAAUCAGAUUGGUCAAGCGUCUGCAAAGUUACUCGCGUAUGGAAUCUUACACAUGAGGGGUGUGGGCGGACAGCCAGGUUGGUUCUGGUUGUUUGCGCUGAUGGGGGCGUUUACGAUUCUCAGCGGAUUCAUCUAUGGAUUCUUUUUGCCGGACUCGUUUCAGAAACCUAGGAGUACAUUUUUGCCGAGGGUGUCUUGGUUCACGGAGCGGGAGUUGUAUAUCCUGCAGACGAGGGUGUUGCGGGAUGAUCCUAUGAAGGGGAAGAAGAAGAGGAGUAUUGGGCCUGAUGCCUUUAGGAGAGCUUUUACAGACUGGCGUAUCUGGGUGCACUUCCUCAUUACGCUGUGCAACAACGGCCCUCAGCGAGCAUUUGACACUUAUGCCCCCUCCAUCGUCACUAGUUUCGGGUUCGGUAGCCUCGUUAGCAAUGCGUUGGCGGCAGUUGGUCUCUUUUUACAAGUUCCCAUGUCAUUUGCAUUUAGUUGGGUCUCUGACCGGUUCAACCGCAGAGGAGAAACCGUCAUGCUGGGAAUGUUCUGCCACCUCCUCGGAUACAUCUUCAACCGCAUCUUCACGCGGGUGAAGCUCCGUGGUGUGCGCUACUUUGGCGUGGUUUGGACACAGACCUUUGGAACAUUUUCGCAUCCCUUGAACAUUGCGUGGUUGUCUCUUACUUGUAAGGAUUCGGAGCAGCGCGCACUGGCUAUGGCUGGAGUCAUCAUGAACGCCAACAUAGCCGGCAUCUACGGCGCACAAAUUUUCCGGGCAGACGACAAACCACUUUAUCAGCGAGGUUUUACCGUUGCCAUUGCCGUGCUCUCUGUUGGUCUUGUGCUUGCCACUGUGCGAUGGGGUGACGACUUUCUGCAUCGUCGGCGCAAGGUUCGUGCUCUGGAAUAA